AUGGCUAACCCUGGAGGUGGUGCUGUUGGCAAUGGUACCCUGCACAACUGCAAGAGCCCGGGCCACGGCGUGCUGGACGGGCACUGCCCCAAGAAUGGAAUAGUGAGAACAGCCCAGCAAAAUGGGAAGCCACAUAUGCAUGCAGACAUGGAGGACUUCUUUGAAGAAGCACCUCUUCAUGUUAUGGUGUUCACGUACAUGGGCUAUGGAAUUGGAACCCUGUUUGGUUAUCUUAGAGACUUUUUGAGAAAUUGGGGAAUAGAAAAAUGCAAUGCAGCCGUGGAGCGGGAAGAACAAAAGGAUUUUGUGCCCCUGUAUCAAGACUUUGAGAAUUUUUAUACUCGCAAUCUCUAUAUGAGGAUCCGAGACAACUGGAACCGGCCAGUGUGCAGUGCCCCAGGACCUCAUUUUGACAUGAUGGAGAGGGUGUCUGAUGACUAUAACUGGACGUUCAGAUUUACGGGAAGGGUCAUCAAAGACGUCAUCAACAUGGGAUCCUAUAACUUCCUCGGGCUCGUAUCCAAGUACAACGACUCUAUGAGGACAGUCAAGGAGGUUUUAGAAAGAUACGGCACAGGUGUGGCCAGCACCAGACAUGAGAUGGGUACCCUGGAUAAGCAUAAAGAAUUGGAGGACCUUGUGGCUAAAUUUCUGAAUGUCGAAGCAGCUAUGGUCUUUGGAAUGGGAUUUGCAACUAAUUCAAUGAAUAUCCCCAUACUAGUUGGGAAGGGAUGCCUCAUUUUAAGUGAUGAAUUAAACCACACGUCUGUGGUGCUUGGGGCCCGACUCUCCGGUGCUACCAUAAGGCCCUUCAAACACAACAACAUGCAAAACCUGGAGAAGCUGCUGAGAGAAGCUAUCAUCCAGGGGCAGCCUCGAACCCACAGAGCUUGGAAGAAGAUUCUCAUUCUGGUGGAAGGCAUCUACAGCAUGGAAGGUUCCAUCGUGAAACUGCCCCAGAUCGUGGCCCUGAAGAAGAAAUACAAGGCUUAUCUCUACGUAGAUGAAGCACACAGUAUCGGGUCAGUGGGCGCAACCGGCCGGGGAGUUUCAGAAUUCUAUGGAGUAGACCCUGGAGAUAUUGAUGUGCUCAUGGGCACAUUCACCAAAAGCUUUGGCGCUGCAGGUGGUUACAUAGCCGGAAAGAAGGAUCUUGUGGAUUAUAUUCGGGUUCACUCACACAGUGCUGCAUAUGCAACGUCCAUGAGCCCUACAGUGGCAGAGCAAAUCAUCAGGGCAAUAAAGUUCAUCAUGGGACUGGACGGCACCACGCAAGGGGUGCAGCGAGUACAGCAACUUACAAAAAACACGAUAUACUUCCGACAGAGACUGCGGGAAAUGGGUUUCAUUAUCUAUGGCAAUGACUACUCCCCUGUUGUUCCUGUGCUGCUUUAUAUGCCUGGUAAAGUCGCGGCUUUUGCGAGGCAUAUGUUAGAGAAAAAAAUUGCGGUGGUGGUCGUUGGAUUUCCAGCCACUCCUCUGGCGGAAGCGAGGGCUCGGUUUUGCAUUUCAGCAUCACAUACCCGGGAGAUGUUAGAUACGGUUUUGGAAGCCACUGAUGAAAUAGGUGACCUCCUGCAAGUGAAAUAUUCCCGGCACAGGACAUCACCACGCCCUGAACUCUACGAAGAACCGAGCUUUGAACUCAACGAUUAAGUUGCCUGGGCCUGAAUGGCAGGACAGUAAAGAAUGCCAGAAAGAUCUCCUUAUUCAGGGGCAAAACAAACAGUCCUUAAUUCCAGACUGA